AAAUUUUGAUAAAAGUAAUUUUUUAUUUGUGUGUGGGGGGGGGUGCUUGGGAUGAGCAUAUGUUAUCGUAGAGGAAAACCAGACUCUUUCCUGUUUAAUGAAAUAAAGUCAGAGAAUUAUACAAGCAGAUGCCUUGCCUGCAGGAGUCUUUCAACGGCCUGGUAUUAGUCGUCACACUCUCUAGCCAUUUGAUGGAGAAUUGAGUACAUCUAAUUAAUACCUGGAAAUUCCAUUUCUGGAGCGGAUCAUCUCCAACUGCUUUCUUUUCCAUGUAUGCCUCGCAUACAUGUACAAAUGUCUAGCUUUAAAAACCUUCUUACUCAAUGUACAACAUCCAUGGUCUGUCUUUCCAAUGCUCUGUCAUAAAAGUUAUGUAAUCACAACUUUUCCGUUCAUUUCUUUUAUGCUCCUGUACGUCUUUGAAAACUGCAAUUGGAUGGUAAAGAAAUUCUGGUGUGAAGGCAAUUUUGGUUGCUCCAAAGCUAGCCAGCCUGUCGUGAGCACGUCCCAUCAAGAUUAAAAAUUGAUCAGUGCCUGGUCGUUGGGGCGUGACCAGUGCCUGUCAGCUUCCGUUCCGCUUGGUCCUUCACAUGCCUAACAUGGGAGGGUGGGUAUACAUGCUUCAAUAUAAGCAUAGAUACAACUUCAGAUGUGAAUACACAGUGGAUGAGUACUGUGUACAUGUAUCUCACGAAAGCUAUAAUUCCCAUCUGGCGUCCCAUCAUUAUCACUUCUUCCUCUGAAAUUUCAUCUGAUUUUUUUUGCCAGAAAGAUAAGGUGAUGAUAGGCGACACAAUUAGGAGCAUAUGGUACCGAUCUUCUUUCUCAUUUAUUAGUUUUCUCACAGUGAAUUAUGUGUGAGCAGUAUCAUUUGAGCAAAUUUCACAGAAUAUGUUUUAUUGCUCAUGAGAUUUGAUAUCGGUAAUUAUUGCUGAACAUAUAAAGCACAAGCUACCUAGAAGAGUCACGCUUCACUUGCUCAAACUAUAUUUGACGGAGACAUGAGGUGCAAUUAUAAUUUAUGUGAAAUGAUGCAAAUAUUGCUCAAUCUGGUCUUAUUUUCAGCCCCUUAAUGAUCUCUGAAAAAAGCCCCCAAAAGUUUUUCCAUUUGAAUAUGUUUUGUAAUAAGUCUUUCUCGCUCUCAAACGAUGACUUUCCAGUAUUUUUUUACAUGUAAUAUUGAAUGUUGAGUAACCAUUAGAUGACAAAGACAGUUUAUCUGGUUGUAUACAAUGUAUCUAUCUACCUAUCUAUCUAUCUACUUACCUUUCUAUCUAUCCAUCCAUCCAUCCAUCCAUUCAUCUCUGUUUCUCUCUCUCAUCUGUGCUGUCUGUCUUACUACCUGUUUCUAAUCCUUUCCCUCUGCCUGUCCAUCUCUCUUUCUCUCUCUCUUCUUUCUCAUUUGCAUUGUCUUGACAUAGCUAUCCUGGUCGAUGAGUAUGAUCAUCUUUUUUUUAAGAGCAGCUGGGUAUUAUAUCACCUUUCAUAUCACUUUUCCAGUCUGCCCCAAAUGUUUUACCCACUUGAAAGCUUCUUAAAAUUACCAUCCACAAUAGAAGUGCUAUAUCAGUUACAGCUUAUGCCCUGUGACCUGCAAUCGCUGUAAGAUAUACAACUAUUUGAGCACAAUAUGCAAAUCAGAUGACAGAUGGGGUCAAAGAGUAUCGUAAAAACCAUUGCAUGAUGGGAUAUGUAUGGGUCCUUGCCCAUCCUGCCCAGCUGAUCGUCAGAGGGGAAAGUUAUGCCAGUGUUUGUGUGUACCAAGAGUUUAUGGUGAGGUAUGUAAGCAUACGCUGUUGAUGUGUACACACAGCCAGGACGAAUAGCACUUAUGCGUGUACAUGGUGCAACACUCGGAUGACAACCAGCUGAGGAAAAGAGAAGAGAGUUAGCGCUUGACUUGCUUGCUGGUCGAUUGAAUGGGUGGUGACACAGAGCUGUUGACUUGUAGCUGCUUCUCAACUUGUAGCCAUCGUAACCCCAUCCAUCGUUUUCAUCAGUCAGUCACCCUGGACCAUUGCAUAUUUUACAUAAACACACCAUGGGUAUGCCAAUCAGCUAACCAUUCACACUUCAAACUGACUUCAUUGUACCAGAUUACAAGUGGACCCUCCCCCCUCUUUCAUUUGGAUGCCCUGAUACGCCUCAUCGAUGUAAUCAUGCAGGUAGUCUGUUUGAAUGCAGAGUAUCUACCUCUCGUAUGAAUGUAGGAAUGAGGAUUGAGAUACAGGAUUUGAACAGGACUAUUGGUAAGGACAAGGAGGAUCUUGACAAGUGUGCGAGAAUCAACAUUAAUGUAUCCUAUCCUAGUCAUAAUGCUCAUGUUAACUUAUCCAUCAGUGUAGCUGGAGAGUGUUCUUUUGAUUUUUCCCAAUUUCUUAAUCUAGAACGAAUUGUGACUUGAUAUGCCUCAGGCCGUCAUUAACUCCUGUUGAUCAUCACAGACUUUUAAUCAUUAUCCAUUUCCCUGAGUAAACUCUCAUUUCGGUUAUCGAACUCUUGCGAUUCAAUGACUUUGACUUCCGCAGCCAUUGUGUUGGCACCCACUCCCCAAUCGUCAUUGGCACGGGAACGUCUGGCACCACCCGCUCCCAGACUGGCCCUCCAGGACUUAGGCUACGGGUACUUGCCCCCCGUAGCAACCGCAACAGCAGUGGCUGGAACUGCCCCAACGAGUAUUCCAGAGAGAAGGACAACAUUCAUGCUUCCCCAAAAUAUCCAGCUCCUUGCGGCAAGCCACAAGGGCGAUGCACAAGCAUCAACGAGUCAACCCCAGCCUUCCGAAGUGGUCGGUCAAGCAGUAGCAGUAGCAGCCGGCAAGCCUGGUGAAACACCCAAAAGGCUUCAUGUUUCAAAUAUCCCAUUCAGAUUUAGGGAUCCAGACCUCAGGCAAUUAUUUGGGGCCUUUGGCACCAUAUUAGAUGUUGAAAUCAUUUUCAAUGAACGAGGAAGCAAGGGUUUCGGUUUUGUUACGUUUCAAAGUAGUUCGGACGCCGACAGGGCACGCGAGAAAUUGAACGGCACUAUUGUUGAGGGGCGAAAAAUUGAGGUUAACAAUGCCACAGCUCGGGUCAUGACUAACAAAGUCAAAACAUCUACUGCCAACGGUGAGUAUCCAGCAGGUUUAGAACUCCUGACUACCAGUGCACUAAGGUCGCAGGUCAUAGGCAGGGGGCGUGCCGCAAGAGGGGCAUACGCAGCAUACCGUAUAGCAGCCCCACCUCCGGUACCAGGCUACGCAACCGCCGCCGCAGCCCUCUACCCUGCCGAACCAGCGGCUGCUGCCCUAUACCCAGCCGACAGGUACCCGAAGGAAAAUAAUAAGACUGAUCUUCUUUUGCAGACCGCCGCCGCAACGGCCGCGACAUACGGAGGCUACAUCAGCCGCUACGCCACGCCGACAGCCUACGCGAUCCCCUACGGUAGGGAAUACGCAGCGGAUCCUUAUCACCAUGCCAUCGGCCCUGCCACAGCAUACGGAGUAAGAUAUCCCUCUCUUACCAGGGCCAGUCUGUAUAGGGGUGCAUACGCAAGGUAUACACCUUAUUAAGAUCAGCCAACCAACGGUAUUCUUUGAUGCAGACGGUCAUCGCAUUAUCACAGAACGAUGUUAACUGCAUACUGAACAUUUUGAUUCAAGAAAACAAGAACAAAGAGAGAGCGAAAAAGCGGAAGAUCAUGUAUCGAGCUCCGGAGCAUCCAACAGGAAAUUUGGAGAUUUAUCCCAUGGUUUAUAUGGAGUUUACCAAGGUAGAUGACCAUUUGAUGGGCACGAUGACAUCAGAGAUCGUUACGGAAUGAUUCUUGCCUUUCCUAGAGGGUCAGCGAUAUGAGGAGCUCAACUCAACUACGGUCAUCUCCACCGGCUCAAAACGUUUGGAAGAAAUCAAACGGCUUUUAACGCUCAUCCUAUCUGGAAAAUAUAAUUAUAGGAUUAUAUUUCAACUUGAUAACUACUUCCAAUUUGUUCUGACUUUAUUUUUCAUUUUGUAUUGUAUGUCUACAAUGUAUGAUACCUCUACAGUCUUGUCUUUUUUUCUUCGUGAGAUUGUAGAAGGCGACUCUAUUCAGAUCUAAAGCUUUUAUUGAUGAUUGGUUAUACCAAAAUGUAUUUGGUAAUGUACUGAAAUUUGUUAAUGACCAUUGCAGGUUAAGUCUUGAAUACUUCGUACUGCAAUGGAGGGGGUGUAAAUUCUACUUCAUAAAUACAUUUUUUGCUCAUCCUCUCUCCCUCUCUUUAAUUCAUUUCAAUUCAUGUGUGCUAAAGAGGGACUGGUUGUCUCAUGACGUUUAAAGAUUCCUCAAUAUUUCUGCCAAAAGUAUCAAGUAGAUUUUCAUGGGUAUGAAACCAUUUUUUUUGCAAUGAUGCUAUCGAGCAAUAACUGCUCCCAUGAAAGAUUUCCUAACCGUGUACUAAAGCAAUUGUCUCAUUUCUUUUGUGGAAAGGCUUUUUAUUCGCAAAGUAGAACAAAAGUUACCAAAACAUCAAUGUGCAUGAUAUGAAGUGCAAAAAAUAAACAUAUAUUUGGGGUCUCCCUUUAAUUUGCGUGCAGAAUUAUCAAUGCUUGCAUGCAACCACCUAUUGGCCCCGAAACACUUUUUGAAAUAUUAUCAGUUAAGAUCACAAUUGAGCUGCAGUCAUUUUUAUAGCAGUCAUAGAUAAAAUGUUAAACUCAAUACUGAACCAUAAAAAAGAUGCAUACUAGAAAGGUGACUCUAUGAAAAUGGCUUGAAUGCAAUAGAACUCCC